AUGCCAUUGACACGAGAUCAAAUGGCCGAUGUUAAAUUAAUUAUAAAGCAAACCAUUGAAGAAUUGCUCAGUGAUGAUAAAUUCGUAACGCUUAUUUCUGAUAAAAUCGAACAGAAACUGGGUAUAAAGGAAUCUCAACCAAAAAUGGUCGAGCUAGAAAAACAAAUAGUGGACAUGAGACAUGCUAAGAAUAAGCUAGAGUGUGACUUGGAAAAAUUUCAACAACAUGCACGUCGGAAAUCUUUUAGAAUAGUUGGCAUGAAGGAAUCACAUGGUACAAGUGUCCUGGAGCAGGUGCUUACCUUAUGCGAAGAUAACCUAAAAACUCGAGUUUUGGAAGGGAAUAUUUAA